UUGUAUCACCUGCAUGAAACUGGCAAAAUGCAUAGAGACAUAAAGGGAGCCAACAUCCUCCUGACAGAGAGAGGAGACGUGAAACUGGCUGAUUUUGGAGUGGCUGCAGAGAUCAGCGCCUCGGUGGCCAAAAGGAAGUCUUUUAUAGGAACGCCCUACUGGAUGGCUCCAGAGGUGGCUGCGGUGGAAAAGAAGGGGGGCUACAACCACCUGUGCGAUAUCUGGGCCGUCGGAAUCACUGCCAUCGAGCUGGCCGAGCUCCAACCGCCCAUGUUUGACCUUCACCCAAUGCGAGCACUGAUGUUGAUGUCCAAGAGCAACUUCCAGCCUCCAAGACUAAAGGAUAAAUCCAAGUGGUCUGCGGGUUUCCAAAGCUUUGUGAAAAUGGCUCUCAUUAAAAAUCCUCGUAAAAGGCCCUCAGCUGAGACGCUGCUGCAGCAUCCAUUUGUGACACAGCUACUAACCCGCAACCUUGUGAUUGAGCUUCUGGACAUGGCCAACAACCCUGAGCUCCACUCUACCCACACUCACAGCCUGGACGACACGGAACUGGAGAUUGGGGAAAUGGCUCCUGACAAGAUUCAGUCAGCCGGGAAACACCUGCCUGUAGAGAGGACCCUGUCUGAAGAGCAAUUUGAUCAAGUAAAGUUUGGACCCCAGCUAAGAAAAGUCACGGAGCCCUAUCCGGAUAUGCAGGGUUCUUAUGAUGAUGACUGGAGUCUGUCUGGAGAGGAAGACAGCUCACCAAGUUUAACCAUUAGGAGGGCGCCAUCUACUGACGGAGGUAAGAAGAGUGGUCUGUUCAGUCCGUCUACAGCGUCCCUGCCGGCCUUCAGCUCUUUAACUCCCAACACAGACGACAAAGACCAGACGCUGAGACCGAGCUGCACACUUGGCCCUGACGCCGCCAUCACCGCUGACUCCCCCUCCACUACAGCCUUGGCUAGGUGCUCAGCCUCACAGGACAUCAGACAGCGGUGCAGUAAUCCAUGUCUGCCUGCGGGGGACGCUGUAACACCAGAAAAGAGGAGGGUUACCAAUGUUUCUUCUGCGAAACAAGAGACACCGCUGUCACCUGAAUGGAGCACACUAAGGAAACAAACGGAGAACUCUAGGGCUGACUGUCAUGGACUUCCUCCUACCCCUCAAGUCCAUAUGGGAGCCUGCUUCUCCAAAGUCUUCAAUGGUUGUCCUCUUCAAAUCCACUGUGCUGUCACCUGGAUUUUACCUAAAACAAGAGAUCAAUACCUUAUUCUCGGGGCAGAGGAGGGCAUCUACACACUGAACCUCAACGAACUUCAUGAAGAUACACUAGAGAAGCUGCUGCCUCAGCGUUGCACGUGGCUAUAUGUGAUGAACAAUGUGCUGAUGUCUGUCUCAGGGAAGUCGUCGCAGCUUUAUUCCCACAGUCUGACGGCUCUGUUUGAACAGGGAGGACACGUGCAGAAGAAACACAGCAGUCUGUCGCUCAGCACAAACCGCUUUACUGAGAGGAUCAGCACCAGAAAGUUUGCCAUAUCGGCGAAGAUCCCCGACACUAAAGGCUGUAGGACAUGUAGCGUAGCAAGAAACCCAUACACAGACAGCACGUUUCUGUGUGGGGCUGUUCCGUCUGGCCUGGUUCUGCUGUUGUGGUAUGAGCCUCUCCAGAAGUUCAUGCAUCUAAAGCACAUCGCGAUGAAGCUGCCGGACUCCCUGCCAGUCUUUGAGCUGCUGGUGUUGGUAACAGACGAGUUCCCCCAGCUGUGCGUCGGAGUGAGAGACUGCGGUAACGGGAAACCCCCGACCAGCCAGCAGCUCCAGUUUGAUAUCAUCGAGCUGAACGGCACCCCUGUUUCAGUACCAGACGGUGGAGCACUGAGGGCGGAGCAGGUGACCCAACUGGACAGGGACACCGUCCUCAUCGCGGUAGAAAAAACUGUUCGGAUUGUGAACCUGCGAGGACUUCCAUCCAAAGAGCUGGCUGCUGAAAUGGUCUUUGACUUCCCCAUCGAAACACUAGUCUGCUUACAGGACAGUGUGCUGGCCUUCUGGAAACAUGGCCUCAAAGGGAAGAGUUUUCAUUCAAAUGAGGUAACACAAGAGAUUACAGAUGAGAGUCGAGUCUUCAGAGUUUUGGGAACGAGCAGGGACAUUAUCCUGCAGAGCACACCCACACAUGACCCGUCAGCUCUGAGCAACCUGUACAUCCUCACCGGACAUGAGAGCAGCUACUGAGAGGAGAUGAGUCAUCUUCCUCAAAAGAAGCAGUAGCAAGACACCAGCACCAAGUGAUCGCACCGACUCUCCGCUGAGACAGACGAAUAAAUCAGCGUGGGAUGCAGUUGCCUGCGCAGACUCGCGCUCUUUUUUUUUGUCAGGCAACAAGACUGUAAAAGACUCAGAGACUUGUCAACAAGCUAAGUGAGUUUCUAACUCUUGAGUGUCCUAAUUAAAACUGCAAAAGCCGAGACUUUCAUGUAAAAUGAAUCCGUCCUCCCAGCCGAAGUCACAGUGUGGCUGCUACAGGUCCAAAGAUCUCCUGCUGUCAUUCCGAACCUUAGACAACAUGGACAUAGCAUUUGUGACAUCACGCACAAUCUUCCGAGCUGAUGUUUGGAAGCUCUCAUCCGAGUUUGCUUUCGUCUCUGUCAGCGACUGGAGCCGCGACGCCUGAGAGGUACCGAGGAGGGACGAAGAAGCUGCAGCAGAGUGUGAUAGACUGAGAAGCCUGUCAAUCAAUGACAUGAAUAAACCUUGAUACUCCCAUUAAUAAACAGUCAUUCAUAUAAUUGCUAGUAGAAGGUGUGAUGGAACAUUUCAAGGGAUUUCUGUGGCGUCUGAGCACAUCUAGUGGCCAUUGCUGACACUGCAGCUUGGAACUACAACAUGCAACUAUGUAUUUUUACUUAGCAUCUUAAAAAGCAUUAUAUAUUAUACCUGCAGGGAGAAUUGUGUUUCUUUUAUUCUGAACUGUAUUGAGCAGGUAGAUAAUCAGAGGCGUCCGCUCCAUGAAAACAGCUCAGGCUUAGUGCCCAACAGAAUGAGUUAUUUCAUUACAUUGGCUAUAGAGAGCGCUGUUGUACAGAAAACGUUGCAUAUGUUGCUUUUGCUAAACAUCAGCGCCCUCUUUAUUAGUUCAUUGCUUUAAAGCAUCUCAACUUCGGCUUCACUCCUCGGCCAUAGGGUUUGCCUUAUAUAUUUUUGCCUUUGCAUAUUUCUCUCCACACUGUUUGUAGCCAUAGUCAGGUCGGAAUUACUAAAAAAGCAGUUUCCAACUUGUAAAUACUGUCCACGUCAACAUCCAUGUCGUGAUUACACCUGGUAAACUCAAUAUAUUCAAGAGAAACCCAGUUUGUCUGUAAAAGUAAUUAAACACAGAUUUCUAGUGCUGACACUUCCAGGUCAUAACCACGGAGAUCUUUAUCCAUCUCUAACAUUCAUCACAUGUGAGAUAAAUGAGGCUAGAUAUUCUUAUUUUAUUCUUCCUCAACUUUACUUCACUGUAAAGAAGUACUCGAUCAAAAACCUGUGAUUAGAGAAUCAACCAUUUACUGUUGAUGUGGAAAGUGGCUAUGAAAUUGGUAGUUGCAGUGUAGCACUUGAAUUAUGUGUGUAAUCUAGUAUUACUCUUCCUUAUGAACAGUAAAAGUCACAGGCAUAAUUCCAACCACUGGUCUAAGUUUAAACACAGUGUGGGGACCAAUCAAGUCUUCAGAUUAAAUCUCAACAGAAUUCCAACCCUGCAUCAUGGUGUUAGUCAGCUAUUAACAAUCUGUUUUCCACUGGUCUGUCAGAAAUCCUGAUUUGAUUACAGUUAGGACAGUUUGUAUGCUAAUGUUACCUGCCAGUACAAUACUGGAUACCCCGGAAAUAUGGGUUGAAACACUCUUGUAUCAUGUUUUGGAUUUGUAGAAGGAAAAAUGAAAGAAACCCUCGACAGGAAAAUAUCUGACGUGAUCGAGGCAAGCUUAAAAAGGCUGCAGUGCUAAAUGUACAUAUUGGACAAUGUCGAUCUAAAAAAUUACAUGUAAAUGUACUUUGUCAAGGUGUUAGCUUUGCAGCAUUCACAUUAUGUGCCACCAUAUUGGGAGCCGUUAAAGGCUCAUUCCAUUGCAGUAAGUCAAACACAGCUUUACCCCAUGAUCUGUGAUGUCACUCCUUCAUUCCUAUUAAUAACUCAACUUACAUAAAGGGUAAAUGUACAUUUGAUUAAAAUGGGUGCCAUAUAAACUGAAUACAAACAGUUACACGCCUGCUUGGCUGACCAAAAUGAAAAUUCCACUACAUUAGUAUUGUGUGUAUUGAUAUUUAAGUUAUUUAUGGAAAGACAACUGUAUGAGUAACACUCACCUUUCCCUGACAGAUACUUGAAGGACAUAAUAUGGAUAUGGGUAUUUGUUUGUUAUUUUGUAUAAAUUCUAUGUAGGUUGUAUAACCAUACAGUAUAUUACACAACUGAGAUUGUAAUAUGCAAAAUAAAGAUUUUAAUAAACCUUAAA